AUGAUCACCGGAGCUUUGGGAGCUUUGAUCCUCCUUUUGGGCUGUUGGGCGCAGCAUUUGGGGCAUGAGGAGGCCAAGGCGAAAUGGACCACACUGGGCGAAUGGCUGGCACUCCGGGGUGGCUACCUCCACCGGGGCUUGGAGCCAUCAUUGGUAUCACAUGGAGGUCUUUCGAUGAUGGGUAUCGUCUCCACUGUCCUCUUGCCUGAGGGAGCUGUCGCCAUUGAACUUCCCCGCUUGGCUUUAUUGGACUUGGAGCUGUUGGGUUCGAUUCCCGAGUACCUGGAUUUGGCUUCAUCUACACCGAGUUGUUCAAUUUCGAGUGGCUUCCAGCGAUCGAUGAGAAACCUCAAGCUGCUGACGAUCCUGGCACGGGAGAAGGCGAAAGGUCCAGCCUCCGACUUCGCUUCAUAUUUGGAGUUAUUGCCCUCGAAGGUCAACCUGGAGGAAAGUGACGUCUACUAUGCAGGUGAAGAUCUUCUGAAAGACUUCAAGGUUCUUCCUGUGAUAAAUUUUUGGCGGCGUAUUCAGGCUGAACACUACAAGGAGCUCGAAAGCUGCUUCGAGGCUCUAAAGAUGCAACGCCCCAUGGAAACCGCGGGGGUGUUGUGGAAGGAUGUUGAAGUGCUGCUUCGAACUCACCGGAGCCGAUAUUUUGCUAUCUCCCAGCCCAGCUUAGAAUUUCUGGGUCCAGGUGCUGACUGGGUCAACACCGGGACCCGCACUGAACAGAAUGUCAAAGCGGUUUUGACCAUCAGUGGCAAACACCAAGAGAUGACGCUGCAGUUCGUGGCCUCACGAGAUCUAAAGCCUGGCGAGGAAUUGAUUCUGAGCUACUUCACCGGCUUGGAUAACGAGGACAUCCUCUUCCGGUGGAACAUGUACUUGGAAGGAAAUGACAUCAGCCUCGAUGCCGGGGAUACAGCGACUGUUUGUUCAGCUGGCGGCCAGGACCUGCGUUCUGCCAGCCUGGAAAUGCUGGAUCUCAAUGUCGAAAGGCAAGUUCCAAGGUGCCGAGAUUCUGGAAAGAGGCAAGGGGUGCUGCGCUGUUCUCUCGCUCGCCUGGCAUAUGAACUAUGUGUUGGGAGCUGGUUUCCUGAACGCAGCGCGGUGAAUCCGGCACCUCAGACCCCAGCUUCGCGCUCCAAAGGUUCGAGACCAUUGCUAUUGGGUUGGAGGGCCAUGGCUAUCAGGUUGGAGGUGAUCGAGUUGCAGGCUAUUUGA